AAAAUUAAUUAUGCUGUAUGUUCGUUAAAAAUGGCAGUUUGCAGUGUUCUGGUUUAUGAAUCCUGUCCGAUUUAUCACUUAUCAAGUCAUCUACAUAGGUAUAAUCGAUAAAUCAGUUGAAUAAAUUUAUAGUUAACACUGUUGAAUUACUGUUUACGCUAUGACUUUACUUUCUACAAGUGUAAUGUACGAUGUUGUUGCAAUUUUUACGACUCUGACAAUCGGUGUAAUUCUCUUUUUCAAUUGGAAAUAUAAAUAUUGGGUGAAUGUCGGAUUACCAAUUUUUCAACCAACAUUCCUUUUGGGUAAUACCAAAGAAGUAAUGUUAGGAAGGUUAACUUUCGGUGAGCAGUUUCAAAUUUUUUACAACAAGUUCAAAGCAAACGGAUUCAAACAUGGAGGAGUUUACUUAUGUCUACAACAAUUCUACAUUCCGGUUGACCCAGGUAUUAUUAAAUGUAUAAUGCAGAGUGAUUUUCAUCACUUCAUGAAUCAUGGAAAUUACGUUGACGAGGAUAGUGAUCCUCUUAAUGGACAUUUGUUUAAUUUGGAAGAUGCAAAAUGGAAAAAUAUGAGAGUCAAAUUAACACCUACUUUUACUUCGGGAAAAAUGAAAAUGAUGUUUCAAACUUUGGUUGAUUGUACUACCAGUCUAAAAGACAUAAUAGAUGAAACAGCAAAAAAUCAUACACCUAUUGAAAUUAAAGAUAUCUUAGCUCGAUUCACUACUGAUAUUAUUGGUUCUGUUGCAUUUGGUCUUAACUGUAAUAGUCUGAAAAAUCCGGAUGAUCUUUUCAGAAAAUACGGCAAACGCAUUUUUGAAGUGGAAGUCAUAGAGAGAAUAAAAUUUUUAAUGAUGUUGUUAUUUCCUGAAAAGUUAUUACGAAAAUUCAAACUUAGAGUAACUAAACAAGAAGUAGAAGAUUUUUUCAUGAAAGUAAUUCGUGACACUGUCGACUAUCGAGAAAAAAAUAAUAUUUACAGAAAAGACUUUCUACAUCUGCUUAUUCAGCUCAAAAAUCGAGGAACAGUGUCAGACGAUAGUAGUCUAACAAAUGAUCAACAGAAAACAGACGAAAAAGGUUUGACAAUGAACGAACUAGCGGCACAAGCCUUUGUUUUUUUCCUUGCCGGAUUUGAAACAUCGUCCACAACAAUGACAUUCGCAUUAUACGAAAUAGCAAACAAUCCACACAUCCAGGAAAAACUGCGCGAAGAAGUAAAUACAGUUUUGAAAAAACACAACGAUGAACUAACAUACGACGCCAUGAUGGAAAUGACUUAUAUGGAAAAAAAUAUUUACGAAACAUUGCGGAAAUAUCCUCCUUUGCCUGUUUUGACACGCAAGUGCAAUAAAGAUUAUACAAUCCCAAAUACUAGCAUUCAAUUAAAAAAAGGUGACAUGGUUGGUAUUUCAGCUUUAGGUUUACACAAAGAUCCAGAUUAUUAUCCUGACCCUGAAAAAUUUGAUCCUGAACGGUUUUCGGAAGAGAACAAAAGCAAAAGACCUGACUUUACCUGGAUACCUUUUGGAGAAGGACCACGGCUUUGCAUAGGAAUGCGAUUCGGAUUAUUGCAAACGAAGGUCGGUCUAACAACAAUUUUGAAGAACUACAAAAUUAAGUUGAACAGCAAAACUAAAGUACCGCUGAUAAUGGAUAAAAAAUCGUUCAUUUCAUCCGCUGAAGGUGGAGUUUGGCUGGACGUUGACAAAUUAAAUUAGAUAAUGCAUACAAAAUAUAAAAAUAAAUAUGAUAAAUAAAAUUUAUUACUUUUGUGCACUUUAA